AUGUCUGAUAUUCCCUCCAUUGCCGUGGUGGCUUCAUCUCGAGCCGUCAUCUCCGGCCGUUUGACCGCUGCAACAGUCGUUAUCUCCCGCUCAACUGGCAAGAUCACAGCCGUCUUUGAUACUGUGAUUCCAGCGGCUGAAUUCCCCGCGGAUACCCCAUACACCGACUACUCACCCCAUGUCUUACUACCAGGCCUGGUCGAUGCACAUGUCCACUUGAACGAGCCAGGCCGCACAGAAUGGGAAGGUUUCUACACUGGCACCCAGGCCGCUGCCUUUGGCGGUGUUACGACUGUUAUUGAUAUGCCCCUCAAUGCAAUCCCGCCCACCACCACGGUGGACGGAUUGAAAGAGAAGAUCCAGGCAGCCCAAGGCAAGUGCUGGGUGGAUGUCGGUUUCUAUGGUGGUAUUAUUCCCGGUAAUGCUGGUGAGCUGAAGGCCCUCGUAAAUGAGGGCGUCCGUGGCUUCAAGGGUUUCCUCAUCGACAGCGGUGUCGACGAGUUCCCUGCGGUUACCCCAGAGGACAUCAAGAAGGCCAUGGCCGAGCUGGCAGAUGAGCCCACGACGCUCAUGUUCCACGCUGAGAUGAUGCCUCCAACCACCGCACCGGUGGAAGGAGCUCAGCAGUCAGACCCACCCGCCCCAACUGGGCCACUAGAGGCGUAUGCCACCUUCCUGGCCUCCAGGCCCUCGGCCUUUGAGACCUGUGCCGUGGAAAGCAUUCUUUCACUGGCUCAUUUAGCCCCCAACCUCCCCUUGCACAUUGUUCACCUUUCCGCAAUGGAAGCCAUUCCCCUGCUGCGGGAAGCCCGCGCUCAUGGCGUCAAGAUCACAGCCGAGACCUGCUACCACUACCUGUCAUUGGCAGCGGAAGAAGUGCGCGACGGCGACACUCGCCACAAGUGCUGCCCUCCCAUCCGCUCAAAAUUGAACCAGGACGGUCUCUGGGAAGAGCUGGAGAAGCAUGCUGGAGACGGUGUCAUCAAAACAGUCGUCUCGGAUCACUCUCCCUGCACCCCUGACUUAAAGAUGCUCCCCGCUCACGUCCCCGGCCACUGUGCCGGUACCAAGGAGGAAAAGAGCGGCGACUUCAUGUCCGCGUGGGGAGGCAUCUCGUCCGUUGGAUUGGGCUUGCCUAUUCUUUGGACAGACCUCAGCCGUCGCAAGGGUCUGACUUCUGCCCCAGAAGAUGAAAACACCAAGAACGCCCUCCAAGAUGUUGUCCGUCUCUGCUGUGCCAACACUGCUGCUCAGGUUGGCCUGGAGUCGCACAAGGGUGACCUGGUUGUUGGCUUCGAUGCGGAUAUUUGUGUUUUCGACGAUUCUGCCGAGUGGACCGUCGAGCCUAGCACCAUGCUCUUCCGUAACAAGUGCUCUCCCUACCAGGGACGUACCAUGCGUGGUAUGGUUCGCGAGACUUGGCUCCGGGGUGAGCGUAUCUACAGUCGGGACCAAGGCUUCGCUAGCCAGUCUCCUCACGGCAAGCUGCUCCUCGAGAAACGGGUUUGA